GCUAAUCUCUGUGUCCUCGUCCGCUUCUUCCCCCAUUUUCCUCUGCUUCUGCUUCAGCUUCAUCACAGCCAAAUGCCCAACAUUUCUCCUCAAUAAUUUCUUCCCCCAUUUGCCAGCUGCAGCUCCACGCGUUUUCAAAUCCCUUUUCCCUUUUGCCGCUCUAAUACUACCUCCUUUUCUACUUCCACUGCGCUUUUCCGCUUUUUCCAUUUGUUUGUUCCCCUUUUGCUCUGGGAGUACAAGAUUCAUUCAGUGGGACUAGCGGAGGCAGUGGCACAGCCAUGGCCAAGCUUUUGCUUCAUGGGUUUCUCUUAUUAGUACUCCCUUUUACCAACUGGGUUCUUGCCUUUCACCCAUAUAAUCUCUCAGAUUCAUCCAUUUUCGACUCUUAUGAAUCUUCCUUUGCUGCCACCACUAAUCCUCUUAUGGUGGGACUCACUCUCAUUCAUGGUGCAGAUGCAACCCAAGCAGUCUGUUUGGAUGGAACUUUGCCUGGAUAUCACUUGCAUCGGGGAUAUGGGUCAGGAGCAAAUAGCUGGCUUGUUCAAUUGGAGGGGGGUGGAUGGUGUAAUAAUAUCAGGAAUUGUGUCUACCGGAAAACAACCAGGCGUGGAUCAUCCAGAUUCAUGGAGAAGCAGAUACCAUUUACAGGAAUUUUGAGCAACAAAGCUGAAGAAAAUCCUGAUUUUUUUAAUUGGAAUCGAGUAAAGGUUCGUUACUGUGAUGGUGCCUCUUUUACUGGGGAUUCUGAAAACAAGGCUGCACAGUUGCAAUUUAGAGGACAGCGGAUUUGGUUGGCUGCAAUGAACGCAUUGAAGGCCGAGGGAAUGCGGUUUGCAAAACAGGCCUUGCUUUCGGGCUGCUCUGCUGGAGGUUUGGCAUCUAUUGUACACUGUGAUGAGUUUCGAGACUUACUUCCAAGAACUACCAAAGUGAAAUGUCUGAGUGAUGCUGGAUUAUUCCUUGAUGUGGCUGAUAUAUCUGGAGGGCACUUUAUUAGGAGCUUAUUUGGUGGCGUGGUGGGUUUGCAGGGAGCGAAAAGGAAUCUGCCUUCUGGUUGUACCAACCACCUUGAUCCAACUUCGUGUUUCUUCCCACAAAAUCUAAUUGCUGGAGUCAGAACCCCUCUGUUUCUCGUCAAUGCAGCCUACGAUUCCUGGCAGAUACAAUCUAGUAUAGCCCCACCAUCUCUGGAUCCUGCUGGAUAUUGGCAUGAUUGUAGACUAAAUCAUGCAAAAUGCAACCAACCUCAGAUUCAAUUUCUUCAAGGGUUCAGGAACCAAAUGUUAAAUGCUGUUGGUGAUUUCUCAAAAUCUUAUAAAAAUGGGUUAUUUAUCAACUCAUGUUUUGCUCACUGCCAAACGGAGCGACAGGACACGUGGUUCGGGGAUAAUUCUCCAGUCAUUGGAAACAAGCCAAUUGCACUGGCCGUUGGAGAUUGGUACUUCGACCGAGCAGCGGUGAAAGCCAUCGACUGCCCCUAUCCUUGUGACAGGACUUGCCACCAUCUGGUUUUCCGAAGCGGCUAGCCUCGAAGGUUGGCUUCUUCAUACCUGCAAAUCACAUAUUUUUUUUUCACCAAGAAAUCGUCAUCGUCAAAGACAGUCAUUAAACAAGAAAGGAGGAGCUGCUGAGAAGCACAAAAGUGAUCUGCAGGCCUUCUGCAAACUUGUUUCAACCUAGAACAAAGGUUGGUAUCUUCCUCUAGUCAUUUAAAAUAUUUGAAAUCAAUUAGCUUCACCUCCAUUGGGGGAAGCAUUAAAUAGCUUGUCAUGUCCAACAGCAAAAAGCAAAAAGAAGAAUCACAUCUUUUAGCAUUCAAUUCAUAGUUUGACAGAAUUGCAAUUAUUAUUAUAGUAAUUAUGUGAACCUAAAUGUUCCCUUAUUUUUACCUCAAAGUUCCAUUAUAUGUGGUCAAUUUGGAUUUUAAA